UCUGGCCGGGUAGUGUCUCUAUGGUCCAGUGGAGGUGUCAUGGCGGCUCUUCGUGCUGUGUUGCUGGUGGUGUCCCUGGCACUGAGUACCGCUGUGUAUGAGGACCAAGUGGGCAAGUUUGACUGGAGACAGCAGUACGUGGGUCGGCUAAAGUUUGCUGCACUAGAAAAUGGACAAGGAGCAAAAAAGUUGAUAGCGGCAACAGAGAAGAACAUCAUCGUAGCUCUGAAUUCCAGGACGGGAGAUAUCUUGUGGCGUCAUGUUGAUAAAGACACAGCGGAGGGCUCUGUGGACGCGCUGCUACUGUUUGGUCAAGAUGCCAUCACCGUUUCAGGAGGUCGCUUGUUGCGUUCCUGGGAGACCAACAUUGGAGCUCUGAACUGGGAGGCUACUUUGGAGCCUGGCAGUUUGCAGAUGGUGAGUUUUGCUGGUUCCCAGGAGACGUCUCGCUAUGUGGCUGUGCUGAAGAAUUCUUACCUGUCUCUUCACUAUCUCUCCAAUGGGCACCAAAAAUGGUCUGAACCUCUCCCAGACAGUGACACCGUGCAAUAUCAGCUUGUGCACUCCACCAAUAAAGGCUCGGUCCAUGUGAUCGGCGUCACUCCUCGCCAUCAUUUAACUGUCGUGACGUUCAGUUUGGAGGAUGGAUCCAUCAGCCGCCAGGUCCAGGUCUCCACACCGUGGCUUCGUACUCUCCAAGGAUCCUGCGGGGUGGUCGGGGAAGCUGUGCUGGUUUGUGCCGAUCCAGAAAGCACUUUGCUCCACACUCUUUCCCUCCAGUCCGGCGAGGAGACGGUUCAGCAUUCCUUGCAGUCGCUCGGCGUUGAGUUGAUGGAAGAUGUCACGCACCUGAAGGUCAUUACUGCUCCUCGAGGUCCUGGCGUGUCAGCGAUGUCACAGUUCUUCAUUCAGCUGUCAUCCAGACGCUACUUGUUAAUGCAGUUCCGUGACGGGGUAUUUAGUCCGCUGCGUGACUUCCCUCAGGUUACGCUGGUGACUUUUGCUACCACGGCAGAUAAGACUGUAGCUGCAGUCAUGCAGUGCAAGAGUGAAACGAAGCAGAAACCUGUCCCAGAGGCCGAGAACCCAGCAUCCCUGACCUGCACCCAGGAGCCGUGGUAUUGCCCGGAGCAGACCUUCAGUAUCAGCCUGUACCUGGCCGACAGUGGACGCCGACUUCUGGAGACCACCACGACUUUCACUUUGGAGCAAAGCUGUGUGCGACCGGAUGGCUUGUACCUGCAGCUCUUCCUGAAGAAAGAUGACUCUGUGGGUUACCGAGCCCUGGUUCAGACUGAAGAUAACCAGCUUCUCUUCCUCCAGCAGCCAGGCAAAGUUCUCUGGCUACGUGAGGAGUCUCUAGCAGAUGUGGUUACUAUGGAAAUGGUAGAUUUACCUUUAACUGGUGCUCAGGCAGAACUGGAAGGAGAGUUUGGGAAGAAAGCAGAUGGACUUUUUGGGAUGAUGUUGAAGCGCCUGUCGUCUCAGUUCAUAUUGCUGCAGUCCUGGAGCGCACACCUGUGGAAGAUGUUCUGUGACGCCCGCAAGCCUCGCAGUCAAAUCCGCAGCGAGAUCAACAUUGAUACGUUGGCCAGAGAUGACUUCAACCUGCAGAAGAUGAUGGUCAUGGUCACUGCUUCUGGAAAGCUCUUUGGGAUCGAGAGCAGCUCUGGCAGCAUCUUGUGGAAAUUUUACCUGCAAGGCGUUCAGCCGGGGGCAUCCUUCAAACUGCUUGUUCAGAGGACGACGGCCCAUUUCCCGCAUCCUCCACAGUGCACCCUCCUCGUAAAGGACAAGGAGACCGGGUUGAGUACCCUUCACGUUUUUAACCCUAUAUUUGGGAAACUGAGCCAGCUGACCCCUCCGCCUCUGCAGCGUCCCAUCCUUCAGUCCCUUCUUCUACCGGUCAUGGACCAUGAUUAUGCCAAGGUGCUGCUGCUGCUUGAUGAUCAUCACAAGGUCAUCAGUUUCCCAUCUACAAAGUACGUCUUGCAGCAGCUACAAGAGCUCUCCUCCACCAUCUUCUUCUAUUUGGUAGAUGCCGAGAAGGGCAAAUUAACCGGCCUGCGCCUACACAAGGAUCUUUCCACAGAAGAAGUCUGGGAACUCGUCCUACCACCUGAUCUUCAGAAGAUCACUGUUGUAAAGGGAAAGCGAUCCAAUGAACAUGUUCACUCUCAGGGCCGUGUGAUGGGAGACCGCAGUGUCCUCUACAAGUAUCUGAAUCCUAACCUACUGGUGCUGGUGACAGAGAGCACAGACACGCACCCCGAGAGGUGCUUCAUUGGAAUCUAUCUCAUUGAUAGCAUCACUGGACGGAUCAUCCAUUCCUCUGUACAGAGACGAGCGCGUGGACCGGUUCAGAUUGUGCACUCCGAGAACUGGGUGGUGUACCAGUUCUGGAACAGCAAGUCUCGCAGGAACGAGCUUACGGUCUUGGAGCUUUUUGAAGGAACUGAGCAGUAUAACAGCACUAACUUCAGCUCCUUGGACAGGCCGCAUCUCCCUCACGUGUUACAGCAGUCCUACAUAUUCCCUUCCGCCAUCCGCGCGCUCCAGGCCACCAUCACAGAGCGAGGAAUCACCAGCCGCCAUAUACUCAUUGGACUUCCAUCUGGUGCCGUCCUCUCCCUCCCAAAAGCACUGCUGGAUCCCCGCCGUCCAGAGGUUCCAAACGAACAUACCAGGGAGGAGAAUUUGAUCCCUUACACCCCCGAUAUCCAGAUACACGCCGAGCGCUUUAUAAACUACAACCAGACGGUCUCCCGGAUCCGUGGGAUUUACACAGCCCCCUCCGGCUUGGAGUCCACAUGUCUGGUUGUAGCCUAUGGACUAGACGUUUAUCAGACCAGAGUUUAUCCUUCCAAGCAGUUUGACGUGCUGAAGGAUGAUUACGACUACAUCUUGAUCAGCAGUGUGCUCAUCGGCUUGGUUUUUGCGACGAUGAUCUCUAAGAGACUAGCUCAGGUUAAGCUGCUGAACCGCGCAUGGAGAUAAAGGGGGGGGGUUUCCCAAAUUGGAGAAUGGGUUCCGCAUCAAAAGGCUAAGUUAUUAUUUAUGACAACAGAAAGGGAAGAUAAGCUGUCCUUAAGCAAACCACUGAACGGAACCGAAUCUGUUAAUGUUCUUAUCCCUUCCGUCGUUAUCUGUUCUGCA